UGACGAAUAAUACGUUCGCAAGCCCUUUCAAAUUGAACAUGUAAAUCCCACUACAGUAUUUCCUUCUACAGCGCUGUGCUUUAAGUCAAAAAAAUAAGUAAAAUACGUUAUGUAAAAAUGUCGGAAAAAAAAAACAAAAACAUGAAGAAUAAAUUUGACAAAUAAAGAAGCACCACCCACCCAAAGGGACCUAUCUGAAAAAAAACCCCAAACACCCCACCAUUAAAAAAACCCGAAAUAUAAUCCCCCGUCGACGCUUCCGUCGAGGAGGGAGGAAAAAAUAACGCAUCGCCGGUCGGCAACAGAUCCCGAAUUCCCCCAAAUCCCACCCUCUCUCUCUAAAAUCCCUCAUCUCUCUCUCUUUAACAAAAAAAAAAAAAACCCCUAGACUCAUGGCCGAAACCUCAAACCCAGACACCAACUCCGACGAUCCCCAGCCCUCCGCCGUCGCCGCCUCCAUCGCCUUCACCGUCGCCGCCUCCUCCAGCGCCCAUCCCCCUCCCCAGACCCUGACCCUAGCCCUCCCCAUCCAGAACCCCUCCCCGAACCCAAACUCUAACCCUAGCGACAGCUGGAGCGACGGCGCCACCUCCGCCCUCAUCGACGCCUGGGGCGAGCGCUACCUCCACCUCCGCCGCGACAACCUCAAGCAGCCCCACAAGCAGGAGGUUAUGCAGUUGGAAGGUUUCAAGAUGCCGUCGGGAAGCAAGUGUCUACAAUCGGUUAGUCAUCUUCAACAUAUAUCAUUAUUAAGGAGCUUGCUGGUGAGGGUGGUUCUAGGGUUUGGGGAGGUUUACGAGAGGGUGGAGAGGGGGAAGACGAUGCAGGCGGUGGAGAUUGAGAAGCAGAGGAUGAGGUUUUUCAAGGAGCUCGAGGUUCAGAGGAUGGAGUUCCUCGUUAAGGCCCAGAUGGAGAUUACGACGUUGGAUCGGCGUUUGGGCGGGAGAAGUCACCGGAGGCAUCGCCGGAGUUCGAGUGAUGCCAACGGUAGCGCUAAAUGAAGCCCGGCGAGGAAGAAACUGAGAUGGGUAAAUUUGUACAGAUCUUUGUUAAUGAUUGCCUCGUUAAUGUUUAGAACCUAACUUUGAGUUUCAUUAGGUUCCAUAAAUAAUUCUGAUGUAAAAGAGGGUAGCUGAUUGAAAUUGAAGUGUAUCUGUUUUCACUUAGCUCAAAUAUGUAUAGAGGUAUAGCCACUUUCUGUGCUUUAGGAAUCCGAAAGAAAUGUUGUAAUUUGCUGCAGGUUUAUCAAUAUGUGAAAAAAAAGUAUGGUCUUUUUUU